AUGGACUUGGAAGGCUUCACGUCGCGCGCGUGGCUCAGCCACUGGGUCUCGGGCGAAGACGAGCCCGUGAACAACUACUACGAAGACCACAAGCUCAUGGAGGGCGCGCUCAUUAAGCUCGGCGACUACGCGCACUUCCGCUACUUUCUGCUGUUCCGCAACGGGCGCUUCUGCUACUACGAGCUGCCCAUGCCCGCCGCAGCGCCAGGAGGCGGAGGACCGGAAGGGCCCAAGCGCGUGCACCUCACGAUCACGUCCAAGCACCUGCGGGGGGUCAUGAUGCUCAACGCGUCGGUGAACGCCAAGGAUCUGGCCAAGAGCGAAGACGAGUACGACGCCGACCUCGUUAAGCGCGGGCUCGUGUUCAACCGCAAGAAGCUCGAGAUGCAGCUCAGCGGCUACUCGCCCACGGGGCAACUCAUGUGCUGGAAACUACGGGCGGGGAAAGACGCCGUGUACGUCAAGUGGGAGCGUGCGUUUCGAUUGGCACUGCGGCCCAUUUGGGUUCAGAAUUCCAAGUGCUGUAUGGUCUGCAAGAAGGAGUUUGGCUUUUUCAUCCGGCCGCAUCACUGCCGCAAGUGCGGCACGUGCAUGUGCGACGAGUGCUCGGUGUUUGUCCCGCGACUGCCGAUGCAGGGGUACUAUGAAGAAGUUCGAAUCUGCAGGGACUGUUCGCCUGUCAAGAUCCAGCGAUCGGCGCUGAAGUUAGGCACGCUUGUACUAGUGUAUGGGAUUUUGGUUGGCCGAGUCGUGCAGGUCGAUGCCGCCGAUGACUCUGCGGACGGACGUGCGUUCGUGAAUGUGGAGCUUGUCAAAAAAGGCAACCAGCUCCAGCGAUUUCCACUAGAGCGCGUUGAGCUGUACUCGGAUGCAGUGUUGUCAGCCAACCGUAUCAAGAAUGCCAUCCGGCAGCACCUCUCGUACGCUGUCUUUCGUACGCAGCUCAAUUUCAACACAUGGAAUCUGCUGGAAACCGUGCAAGAACAGCGCACGGUGCAGAUGGUACGGAUACUCAAUAAGUCGACGAGUGUCAACGAACUUCACUCGAUGGUGCCGAUGCUCGGCACGCUGGACAUGAUGCAGUUCCCUGACGAUGACGUUUCGGAAGAGAGUCGUGUGAAAAAGUCGCUCUCGCAUUAUCGAGGUGUCCACGUCUCGUUUCCGCUGCGCCUUGAUACGGCAAAGAGGCUGAUCAAUCAGUUUCGCAAUGGCAUAUUGCUGCAUCGCGUUUUCGUGCGGCAGAUCCUGGAUGAAUCCGAACGCUUGUUUCGGACCGUGCACCAGUCACCUAUGAAUGAGAUCGAGAUACCGAUGGGUGUGCAGCUGGUCGUAGUAGGCGAUUUGCAUGGACAGUUGGAAGACCUGCUCACAAUCUUGGACAAGAACGGUAUACCAAGCAGCAAGACAUGGUACCUGUUCAACGGCGACUUUGUCGACCGUGGAUCGCACGGAGUCGAAGUCAUCUUGCUUUUGCUGAUUUUCAAGCUACUGUACCCCAACUUCGUCUUCUUGAAUCGCGGAAACCACGAGGAACAAAUGAUCAAUGAGGCUUUCGGAUUCGAAGAUGAGGUGCACAUGAAGUACGGUACUGACAACGAUGAAGUCGCGGGAUGGUCCGGUCCAGGCACAUCACUCAACUACUCGCCGAUGAAGCUCUUUCAUAUGUUUGAGACAGUGUUUGACUUGUUCCCGAUCUUCGCACUGCUGAACAAGCGCAUCUUUAUUGUGCAUGGCGGGCUAAGCAACCACGAAAACGUCACGAUCGAUGAGCUGCUUCAGCUCGACUACAGGCGCAAUAUUCCGACACAGGGCACAAGCCGUGCGGACGAGAUCUUUACGCAUUUGAUGUGGAGUGAUCCAGGUGGCGAAGACGGGUGGAGACCGUCAAGUCGAGGAGCUGGUGUCGAAUUCGGUCCCGAUAUCACGAAAGCGUUUUGCGCGCAGAAUGGAUUGAGUCUCAUCAUCCGGUCGCACGAGUGUCGAGCAGAAGGAUUUGACAUCGUCCACGACGGUCUACUUCUGACUGUGUUUUCAGCAUCGAGCUACUGCGGUUCUCAGACCAACAAGGGUGCUUACGUUCAGCUGGAAUUGGGAGAGGACGGUGAAAUCGAGCCUCACGUGGUGCAAUACUCUUCGCAGCCGCUUCAGCAGCUGAGAGAUGCAGGGCGAAACGAGUGGCGUAAAAAAGCGCAGCGAUUGGAGCGGAGAACGUUGAUGUCUUUUGUCGAGAUCAUUUGCGAAAAGAAGAAUGCGCUGCUCGCUGCUUUCAACGAGCUCGACGCGACUGGUUCUGGGCGCGUGACGAAACUCGAGUGGAAAGCAACUUUGCAGAAGGUCAUGGGUAUCCAAGCAAGCUUUCUGUCGUAUUUCCAUCAACUGGCGGAAGAAGAUAAACAAGGCGGCGUCGAUUACCAGAAAUUCCUCAAUCGCUACACUGUUGAGCUUGAUGGCGGCAACAUAGAGUGGAGGCGCAACUUGAUCCGCAAGGUCUGGAUGGGCUUUUGCCAAGCGCUUCCCCAUCCGUUUGCUGAAAAGACGACGCUGCAAGACAAGCUUCACUUUGCUUUUAACCUAUUCCAGUCGCCUGGGACUGCCAACCAGGAACUCACGGCAAGGUUCAACUCGAAGGCGGAUGAAGUCGGCUUACCUGGUAGUCCAUUCUCGCAUGGCGACAGACCAAAGGAGAGCCACGCGCACAAUAACCUGGUCACGUACGACGUGUUCCGGAACACCAUCCAGGGCGCGUUGCAGCUCAACGACACCCUUUCCGAGCAGCAGAUAUUCGAGCUCAUGCAACACCUCGACCAGAACUGUGACGGUGUGAUUGACUACCACGAGUUUUGCUCGUUCUUUGCCGAGUUCAGUCGUGCCGACUAUUUGCAGGAAAUUUUCGAGGUGGAUGACACGAACGCUAUCUUUCUCCUAAACCGCUGCGCCACACUAUUGCAGAGAUCAAACCAGUUUGCAUCGUUGCAGGAUGCAUUCGAAGCAUUCGAUCACAGCAAAACGGGCAAACUGACGGUAGACGAUAUCCUAAAGGGAACGCAGGAGCUGGGCAUGGUACCGGAGCUGGACAAGGACGAAGCACAGCUACUGUUCAACUCGAUCAUGCUCAGCUACUACGGCAUCAACGAGCGUCGUCAGUGGGACAAGCGGGGACUGAACUGGACCGUGUUUGAGGACACGUUUUCGCCCGACAGUACGUUCCAGCGCCGUCUGUGGUUGACAACGCUUGGUGCGUCAAACACCAACUUGGCUGGGCUGGACGGUCGAGAUUCCAUGUCCUGGGACGACGAGCCGCCCGCGCAAGACGAGCAGCAGCCGUCGACAUGGGCCGAUACGUUUGUUGACGGCGUCAAGCAGUCGCUGCACGAGCAGCGGCUGUACAUUAAGUUCCUGUUCCGCAUCUUGGACCGCAAGCGGCACGGCUAUGUGACAAAGCAGCAGUUCAUUGCGACGAUGCAGGCGGUCAACGAGGAGCACGGGGCGCCUUUGAAACUGGUGCAGCUCGAGCAACUGGCGGACGCGUUUGCGUGCCGCAAGACGGUGCGGCGCAUGUCCAAUGCUGGCGACGACAGAGAAGAGACGCGCACGUUCGUCUCGUAUCCCGAGUUUCUUCGCAGCUUGCGCAUCAUUGACGCGGGACCGUCAGAGGCGCACGACCAUGUCGCUGCACAGGACGAGCGUGUCGCACGUUGA